CGCUGCACCCGUGGAACAUCCUACCAAGAAUCUAUGAUUGCAUCCGCUUCCGGUCCUUCCUCUUUCGCCGUCAUAUUCCAAGGUGUAUGUAAACUACCUCGACGAGAACAAGGAGCUCUCGUUCCCCCUGCUGUCGAUCCUCCUCACCGGAACCCUAGCGCCACCAGCCGCCUCCCCCUCGUCGCCGCUACUCUUACGCUGGCUUCUUCCGCAAACCGAUUCCAAUUCUAAUCUUGUCGAGCGCUCGCGAGGCAGGUUCUGCACCAUGACAUUAGGCCAUGCAGUGCUGUGCGAGAAUGCAGCAAUUUUGGAGUCAAAGGCGCUAAAAAGGAUUUCAUUUGAUUCUGCAUUGGUUCCAACUCUCGAGGCAUUGCUUCUUGAUGUUUAUGGCAUUCUGCGUCCAAGGCCAAUUGACUAUGAGCAACGGAGACACUUAGUUCAAACCUUCAAUUCAAUGGUUAUGGAUAUCUUUGGUAAUAACAAUGGAUUUCCUGUUGUGGAGGCAUUUGGUUCUUUCAUCAUGGACUUAUUUACUGCUACAAGUGAUCUGGAUCUUUCUCUCAACUUUAGUGACAAUGAUAUGAGUGACUUCCCACGUGACAAGAAGAUUUCUGUUCUUAAGAAGUUCUCCAGAGCCUUGUAUGCUCAUCAAAGGCGAGGACAUGUAUCUGGGGUACUGCCAAUAUUGAAAGCUAGAGUUCCGGUUUUGAAAGUUGUGGAUUGUGGAACUGGAAUUGAAUGUGACAUUUCUGUUGAAAAUAAGGACGGCAUUUCAAGAUCUGUAUUUUUCUCUCUUGUUUCUUCAAUCGAUGAAAGGUUUCGGAUAUUAAGUUAUCUGAUGAAGUUUUGGGCAAAGGAACAUGGCAUUAAUAGCUCAAAAGAUCGCACUAUGAACUCUUUAUCCAUAAUAUCAUUAGUUGCUUUUCAUUUGCAGACUCGGAAUCCUUCCAUAUUGCCUCCUUUUUCUGUCAUAUUAAAAGAUGGGACAGAUAUCUCAAGAAUACAGAACAUUACCAAUGGAUUGAAACAGUUCGGUAGAAGAAAUCGAGAAUCUAUAGCUGAACUAUUUGUAGCAUUAUUGGGUAAACUGUCAUCAGUGGAGAAUUUAUGGCAGGAUGGUCUCUGUGCCAGCACUUAUGAAGGUUCAUGGGUUUCAAAGACAUGGGAAUCAGGAGCUGGCAAUAUGAAUGUUGAAGACUUUCUGGAUCGAUCUCAAAAUCUUGCAAGAUCAGUUGGGAAAAUUGAGAUGCAGAAGAUCUACAGAUGCAUUCGGGGUUCCCUUGGUAAUCUAUCAUGUUUCUUGAUAGGUCAAAUUGGAGCAUCCAAGUUGAAGGCGCUCUUGUUUGGAUCCAUGCAUUUGAAUAUUCCAAGUGAUCAACUUCUUUAUAGUGAAGGGAUGAAGCGCACAAGGGGAUAUCCCUUCUCCGACUCUGGUGCUUCGCUGGACCCCAUUACAACAAAGAAGGCGAGAUACACUGACCGCACCAAAGAACCAUAUCGUUAUGAGACUCCAAGUGCUCUACCCAAUCCUUCCAUUCCUCUGCUUCCUCCUCUUCCAUCCCAUCCUAAGAAUGGUGCAUAUCAUUUAGGACCACCGGUUAUUCCUUUUCACAAGGGUUAUACAUUGGAGUAUCACCCACAAUACUUAGCUGUCUCUUCUCAGUUGGUUUAUGGUUCACAACAUGAGCAGCAACUUCCAUUUGCUCAAUUAGAUUAUGGAUCACAACACCUACGCCCUAGGCCCUUUCAGCUCUACCUUGGAUCUCAGCUUCACCAGCAUGGGCAAAAUCUGAUGGAUCAUAGGACAUGAAAUGACAUGGAAGUCUGGUCUGGUAACUGAACCAGUCUGUGAUCAUCCACAGCAUGCAUAUAUUCUUUGCUUGUUCGCAGGUUUUGAUUAUCAUCAUCCACAGUUAAUGUUCAUCUGUGCAAGAUCUCUUUUGAUAAAAAACUUAGCACUCAAUGAAGGAGUUGAGCAAUCCAAUUUACUGCCAGCAACAGCAUUUCAUUAGUUAUAGUUGAGAGACAUUAAUUUGUAUGACUUUCUCUGGCAAUUUUCUUCUUUUCAUGCAUUUUAAUUCUCAUGAUGUUUGAGGAGCUUGAGAUUGCAUUUGAGAUCUUUCUUGUUUUAAAGGAGAAGUUUAGUUGUAUUGUUAAAACAUGCCGCAAGAAAUAUCAGUUCAUAAUUAACUAACUUGUACAGAGCUGAUGUCUGAGGAUCAAAUGUAAUCUCUCUGGCAGCCUUUUGUACUGCAUACUGUGAAGUAGGUUCUUUGUAUGAUCAAUGAGGGUUUCUACAA